AUGGAGUUCCUCGAACACGACCUCAAGACGUUGCUGGACGACAUGGCCGAGCCGUUUCUGCCGUCCGAGACCAAGACGCUGAUGCGCCAGAUCACGGCGGGCGUCGCGCACCUCCACGCCCACUGGAUCCUGCACCGCGACCUCAAGACGUCCAACCUCCUGCUCAACAACCGCGGCGAGGUCAAGCUGGCCGACUUCGGCAUGGCGCGCUACACGUCGCUCCCGCCGCCCCCGAAACUGACCCAGUUGGUCGUCACGCUGUGGUACCGCGCCCCGGAGCUGCUGCUGGGCGCCGAGGAGUACGGCGUCGCCGUCGACGUGUGGAGUCUGGGCUGCGUCUUCGCCGAGCUGCUCACCAAGGAACCCCUCUUCCCGGGCCGCAACGAGGUCGACCAGCUCUCCAAGAUCUUUGCGCUGCUGGGCACGCCCACGCGCGAGGCCUGGCCGGGCUUUCGCUCCCUCCCCAACGCCAAAGCCCUGCACCCUGUCCUCUCAUCACCGUCCCCGUCCCGCCUGACGGCCGCCAAGUUCCCCUACCUGACCAGCGCGGGCCUGCGCCUCCUCUCGUCCCUGCUCGCCCUGAACCCGGCCGCCCGCCCCGCGGCCACCGACGUGCUCGCCCACCCGUACUUCCGCGAGGACCCGCGGCCGAAGCCGCGCGAGCUGUUCCCCACGUUCCCCAGCAAAGCCGGCCAGGAGCGGCGGCGGCGCAGGAGGGAGACCCCGCCGGCCCCCGUGCGCGGCGACGCCCCCCGCCUGGACGCGAAGGACGUCGAGGGCCUGUUCUUCACCGGCUGGGACGUGGAGGCCGAGGAGAAGGGGGCCGGCUUUGCACUGAGACUAGGAUGA